AUGGAUUUAGACACAGACGUUCAAAUGGAAGAUGCUGGUGAUCAACAGCAAUCUCUUAUUAAUGAAAAUGACUCUGGGAAUGAGUCUCAAUUGGUUACUAAAGUCCCAAUUUCAACAGUUGAUCCGAAAACUCAAAUAAAUACCUUAGAUGGCUGGAUUGAACAGCUAAGUAAGUGUGAGCCUUUAAGUGAAGAAAGUAUCAAGGAACUAUGCAAUAUGGCCAUUGAUGUAUUGAAGAGUGAGGAAAAUGUUCAACCUGUCCAAGUGCCUGUUACCAUUUGUGGUGAUAUUCAUGGCCAGUUUCAUGAUUUGAUGGAGCUAUUCAAGAUUGGAGGUCCUUGUCCUGAUACCAAUUAUCUAUUUAUGGGUGAUUAUGUGGAUCGUGGUUAUUAUUCUGUGGAAACCGUUUCUUAUUUGGUUGCAAUGAAGGUCAGAUAUCCAAAUAGAAUCACAAUUUUAAGAGGUAAUCACGAAUCAAGACAGAUUACCCAAGUUUAUGGUUUCUACGAUGAAUGUUUUAGAAAGUAUGGCUCCUCAAACGUUUGGAAGUUAUUCACUGAUUUAUUUGACUAUUUCCCAAUCACUGCAUUAGUUGAUAAUUCAAUCUUUUGUUUACAUGGUGGAUUAUCUCCAAUGAUUGAGACAAUUGACCAAGUCCGUGAACUAAAUAGAUUUCAAGAAGUGCCGCAUGAAGGCCCAAUGUGUGACUUGCUUUGGUCCGAUCCUGAUGAUAGGGGCGGAUGGGGAAUCUCACCAAGAGGUGCAGGUUUCACCUUUGGUCAAGAUAUCAGUGAACAAUUCAACCACACCAACGGCUUGAGCUUAACUGCAAGAGCCCAUCAAUUGGUUAUGGAGGGUUACAGUUGGUCCCACCAAGAUCUUGUCGUCACUAUUUUUUCUGCUCCAAACUACUGUUACAGAUGUGGUAAUCAGGCCGCAAUUAUGGAAGUUGAUGAGAACCACAAUAGAGAUUUCUUACAGUAUGAUCCGUCAGUUAGACCGGGUGAACCAACCGUCAGUAGAAAAACACCGGACUAUUUCUUAUAA